GAUCCCACGAAAGGCUGUGCCACUUCAUUGCCCGGCAAAGUGACACUGUGAUCGCAUGCAUCGGAUACCCCUUGGCGCCAGAGCACCCCUAUCCAGCUCAACAACUCAGCUGCUACACUGCCGUAUCACAUUUUCUGAAGAAUGCGCAGGACUACGGGGUGGACCCGAAACGGAUCGUGCUGGCUGGCGACAGCAGCGGAGGCACACUUGUUGCCAGCACUGCUCAGCAACUUCUGAUGACAAAGGACCUGCCACAGCCCCAGGCCCACAUACUAAUCAAUCCUUACCUACAAUGCCUGGAUGUAAAUUUACCUUCUUACCAGCAAAACCAGUCCAUUCCCCCCUUAGUCAAGAAAGAGGCUGUUCGUCUUGGCACAAUGUAUCUCUCAGGAACCAGUGCUGGGGUCAAUGAAAUUAUGGCCAAUGCCCAUGUCCCGCAGGAACUCAUGGCAAAGUAUCAGAAAUGGAUCAGUGCGGAACAUAUUCCGGAGGAAUUUAAAGGCCGGGGUUACGUGCCGUUUGUACCUGGUCCAUUUUCAGAAGAUCUUUUCCAAAAAUACAAAACAGUUUUCGACCCCAUAUUUUCCCCACUCCUGGCAGAAGACGCCGUCAUCCAGCAGUUUCCAGAGACUUUCCUUUUAACCUGCGAAUAUGACAUUUUCCGAGAUGAUGGCUUGCUCUAUAAGAAGAGGCUGGAAGACAAUGGUGUCCCUGUCACCUGGCUUCACCUCAAGGACGGAUUCCAUGGCAUCACCUUGCUGAUAGAUAUGGGGUCAAUCCAGUUUCCAAGUACGAGGAAGAGUAUGAAUAGUGUAAUCCAAUUCCUAGAACGAUUCUAGAAAUCAAACAACCUCGUUCCUCUUCCUUGUUCAUCUAGCCCUUACCUUACAGAUCUGGAUCUGAAGAGGUUAUACCCUAUAAUUUCAUUCAUCUGUCCUGCUUAACUGACCUGAAGAUGGUCCACCAACCCUUUGAAGAGACACAUCCUUGCCCUCUCCAGCUCGUUCAUAGCCCACCACUCAGGUAGCCUGGUGUCAGGCUGUGCAGGAAACUGUGGUUUUCCCUCUUACUCAAAAAACAGAAUUUCCCAUAUGACAAUCUAAGUGGCACAGAGGAACAGUUGGGUGAGUGGCCAGACGUCUA